AUGGACAGAAAAUUCUCAUCCAACAAGGAUGACGUCCAUAUAUCGCAAGAAAGCAAGGAUAAGUCCGUUUCCGAACUAUUAUCAUCGUAUUAUAGCAUUUCUGAUACUAAACAGCAAAACACAGAUUCCUCCAGUGAUUUCACAUCAUCGAAAGCAGUGAAUCCCACGUCUGUCAUAGAUAAGGAUUUUUUGUCUCACACAUUUGAUGUUGAUUACCACCUUGAUAACAUACUUAAGAAUAAUUCAAUAUCGGAUACAAUAUCCUUUCUCAGAAAGCUGGAAAGGGAGACAAGGCAGUUGACAGCAGGAAAACAGCUGUUGAUAUACGAUAACUACGAGUGUUUAUUCUCGGCGCUGGACACAAUCCAGGGAAUAAACAAGGACCUGGAUGGCGUGGAGACGAACCUGAGGAAUCUGAACGCGUCGCAAAUAAAGGCGGCCUCGAAAGACAUAACGUCCAAGUACGGAAUACGAGACAAGUUCCUGCAAAUAUCGCAAAUGUCGAAGGCAGCAAACGUGUUUAAGUUCCUGGCGAGCCUCUGCAACACGAUAGGGUCGUUCAGCAGCUCGAACACGCUGUUUUGCUCAAACGAGGACGAGAGCUCAAACGUGUUAAAAUUCUCAAGGAAGGAAGUACUAUAUUUCUGUUCGAGGGUGUACUACGUGUUCAAGUACUUUGACGCAAAUUACACGUUUCUGUUUUCGAGCUACUACGGGAUUUUGACAGACCUGAUUUCUAGGAAUACGAGGUCGCUGUUGUCGGAAGAUGAGCCCCUGGACCCCGAAGACUCGGUUGAGUUGUGCAAGUCUCUGAGAGAGCUAUCGUUUGAUGAAAGGCAGCUGUUGGAGUUGUAUUUCUAUAACCUAUCGUCGCUGCUGGAGAGUAAGAUGAAAAACUUGUUCAUGAACUACACAAACGACGACUUUUCAUUCUCGACGCUGUGUAAGGAGGUCUUUGCCUCGCUGUUGUGGGUAGUGUACGAGUCAGUGUCGAAUGAAAAGUUUGUGGCGUUCUUAAGUUCGCUGAAAGGCUCGAAAAAGAGGCACAAGUUCUGCUUCUACUGUAACGACGAGUUUGAGGUGGACUUUAAGAAGGAUCAGUCUGACCUGUUCAACUCAUUUAACCUGGAGUCAACAAAAGAGUGCAGGUGCUCAGGUGAGAGUUUGGCAAGCCAGUUUGUGCUGUACUACUCGCAAGCGUCGUUUUACAUAAUCGCGUAUCUGAUAAGCAGCUACAAACACACGCUGGUGACGAAGGAAGCAUACGAGGGGCUGACGGGGCUGUUCGGAAGGCUGUACACACUGGACGUGAGGAACGGAAACCAGGCGCUGUUCGCUGAGCAGACGCAUAACUGGCUGAUGUACGUGUGCGUGCUAUACUUACAGCACCUGUUCUUUAAACUAUACGACUCAGUGAUCUAUAAGUCAGUGUCGCUGCUGAACGGGACAUUCAACUCGGAUUUGAACGCAUACAUACUGUCGUCGUUCGAAAAGCUAGUCCAGGAGCUGCAGUGCUUUAAAGACCUGGUAAGGGAGGUGAGUAGCUCACUGAAGAAUAAUUUUGAACAAGUGUUCAACGCUCUGUUGGCGAUUUACACGUGCGGAAUCAAGUACAUAUACCAUCUGAUAUUCGUGAACAUAAACAGCAUCUCUUACAGAACUGGGGAGGUGGACUACCUGGACUCGCUGUCCAACAUGGUCUCUUUGAGGUCGUGCACAGAGAAGACCAGGGAGCACAUGGCCGAGGACUUCGUUAAGCAGACGGCACAGAGGUUGGCAGGGGAGGACAAAGGGUCCCAGGUGGACGACGGGAGGACCAUGUUCUCGCUGCUGGAGUUCAUGGACAGGAAUGUCAAGUCGCAGCUGAAGAAGUUUAAGUUUGACGGGAGUCACCACAGGACGUACACGAAAAACCUGCUCUCCUUCCUCAUUAAGUUUGAGUCGGUCUUCGGGGGAGUGGGAGGAGUGUUGGAAAAGAAUUGCAGCGAGGCCUACAAGAUGUUCAAACAAGGAAGCCGGUGUGCGCACCUGAGGGCGCCUGAAAGUGGCCACCACGAGGAGUUGAAGUCGAAGAUGAGGAGGCACGUUUUAAGUAACACCAACCACGCGAAGUUCCAGACAAUAUUUGACGAAUUCAUGGGGAAUGAGCAGGUGCCAGUAUUAAACGUGAUACUACUGGCGCACGAAUACGCUAUAUUGAGCAGGAGGCACUUUCCGAUGAAGUUAAGUGAAGAGGGCGUAGAUCACACGGCAGUUCUCGAUGGUAAAAAGGUAGUCACGAGUACCAAGGGCACAGGUGCCAGUGAGGAAACAGUGUACAAAACACACUUUGAAACGUUUAACGUUAGCAUAGAGGAGUUGGCGAACGAACUGGUGGCCCAGAUAAUGUUAGCCUACAUUGACAAGUCGCUGAAGAUAGUGAGAUACGUGCUGGAUAACCUGGAGAGUGGAGUGGAUGUGAUCGACGAGUCGGUAAAGGACUUCACACUACUGCUGUCGGACGUGCUGCAGGACGUUAAUCUGCUGAACAUGGCGCAAGUGAGCGCCGAGGUGGCCUCGGAAAACAAAAACCUGGACAAGAUGCUUAAUUCGGCACUAAACUCAUCGGACACGUCGCCGCUGGUCAACGUGUACAACUACAGAUUCAACACAUCUAGAGACAUGUGCCUAAAGCUGUUCACAAUGCACAUAGUGCAGGCGCUCUCCCAGUACAAGGCUAGCUACAACGUGGACGAAAGCCACCUCACCAGGUUCUACGACGGACUGAAGCAGCAAAUACUUAUCAUUUUUAAAAAGAACCUGGACCUGUUCAUAAUGCAGUCAGUGUGGGAAAGAGUUAUGACCAUACAAUAA